AGCCACUUGACAAUAUCAACCAUGAAUCUGUUGGUGAUCACUCUCAGCGCUGCCCUGCUGCUGGGAUCCUCCUGUGUAAAUGGCGGCGUGAUCUACGGUCGCUCCUACGGUCUUGGCAGCGGGUUAGGUUUGGGAGGCGGUUUUGGAGGCGGUUUCGGAAGCGGUUUAGGAGGCGGUUUCGGAAGCGGUUUAGGAGGCGGUUUCGGAAGCGGUUUAGGAGGCGGUUUCGGAGGCAGUUUUGGAGGCCUCGGUUUACAUCAUGGCACCGGCUUUGGUCGCGGCAUCGGGUUUGGUCACGGAAUCGGUGGUCACGGAAUCGGUAUUGGAUCUGGUCUCGGUCUUCAUGGUGGUUUACUUGGACAUGGAUACGGAUUGUAUGGCCGCCGCUAUGGAUACUAUGGUUAAGAGUGAAAAUUUGUUGCAAUGUUAAGUUUUCGGCACAAAUAACAAGAAAUGGUU